AUGGAAGUGCCAGAGAACCACAAAGAUGAUGAAAUUGAGAAUGAAAGAAAAUACGAGAAAGACGAGGAUGAUGACGACGACGAUGAUGAUAAUUCAAACUCGGAUGGCCGACGACGCAAAGAAGACCCCCCAACACAUCACUAUUCGGAACCUAUCAAGUAUGACAACCAACCCGAAAGUUCUAGCAGUACAGAAAAAAUUACAGAGCCUUUACAUUCUGCUUCUGCAUCAAAACAUGAUGAUGAUGAGAGAAAGAUUUUUGUAGGAGGUUUGCACUGGGAGACAACAGUCAAUGAUCUAAGAGACUACUUCUCGAAGUUUGGGAAAGUUGUUGAUAGCACGUUAAAGACGGACCCAGCAACUGGUAGAUCACGAGGAUUUGGUUUUGUCCUGUUUGAAAAUGUUGAAGCUGUUGAUAAAGUAUGUGAUGAGAAGUCGCACGUCCUGCAAGGUAAAACUAUUGAUCCGAAGAGAGCCAUGUCUCGUUUGAACAAUGUAACAACCAACAAUAAGGACCCAGUCAGAAAAAUUUUUGUAGGGGGAGUCAGCCCUGAUAUGCCUGAAGCUGAAAUUAGGAGCUACUUUUGUAAAUAUGGCAAGAUCGAAGAAGUAGAACUCCCAUUUGAUAGACUAAAGAAUCAAAGGAGGGCUUAUGUCUUCAUCACGUUCGAGUCGGAGAAGAUAGCUGAAGAAGCAUGUGCACUGCCAAAACAAAAAUUAGGAGAGAGAGAAGUUGGUAUUGAUGAUGAUUUAUUUUUAUAA